UAGUAUCAAAGGGGGAACCGCUCGUGGCAGAGGCAUAUCGCGCCACACACAACCUACAUUCAACGCUUACGGCGCAGCCAGCAGUUCGCUUCCUGCAAACGUUCCAGGCGGCAGCAAAGAUUCUCGCUCUGCGAACCUCACCGCAGCUUCCCGCGUCAUCAGCUCUCAGGGCAGAGAGGAGAUUGAAUUAAUUUCAAUUAAGGUGUUCAAUUUUCCGACCACAGGAGAAACGGAUUUAUUCUGUGAUAAACAGUGCAAAGAAGAAGACCAAAUUCGGAGUGAAAAAUGAUGAGCUCAUUGGCACUGCGAUUCGCGCCGCGGUUCGGCAAAUCUACCGCUGCAGCCGUGGCCAGUUCGUCCUCCCAGCAGAAGUUCAACACCUACUAUACCUACUCGAACCAGAUCUCGCAGCCGCUGGAGCGGAAGCCCACUUACACCACGGCCGAGGAAGCGGUCAAGUGCAUCAAGUCAGGGGAUGUUGUCUUCGUGCAGGGAGCUGCCGCUACUCCGAUCCACGUGCUGGACGCCAUGACCAAGCAUGGUAAGGAGAACAAUCUUCGCGACAUCACGGUGGUCCACAUGCACACCGAGGGUCCUGCUUCGUACUGUGCCCCCGACUGCAAGGAUAUCUUCCGUUCCAAGUCUCUCUUCAUGGGCGGAAACGUCCGGGCUGCCGUCGCCGAUGGCCGGGGAGACGCCGUGCCGAUUUUCCUGCACGAAAUCCCAAUCCUGUUCCGGCGAAAGCUGAUCCAGCCGGAUGUGGCCAUCGUGUCGGUUUCGCCACCGGACAACCACGGAUACGGCACGCUGGGAACCAGUGUCGACUGUGUCCGGGCUGCUCUGGAGAACUCCAAGGUCAUCAUUGCCCAGGUCAACAAGCAGAUGCCGCGGACGUUCGGAGACUCCAUCAUCCACGAAUCGCACUUCGAUGCGGCCGUGAACGUGGACAUUCCACUGCCGGAACACGGUGGCAAGGGAAUGAGCGACACGGAAACUAUGAUCGGUAAGCUGAUUGCCGAGAACCUGGUCGAAGAUGGUGCCACUCUGCAGAUGGGCAUCGGUAACAUUCCGGAUGCUGUGCUGAACGCGCUGCACAACCACAAAGACCUCGGAAUCCACUCGGAGAUGUUCGCCGGAGGUGUUGUGGAUCUAGUCAAGAAGGGCUGUGUGACCAACGACAAGAAGACGUACCACCGAGGCCGCAUCGUCGGAUCUUUCCUGAUUGGUACCAAGAAGCUGUACGACUUCGUGGACAAUAAUCCUUUUAUCGAAAUGCUCGAAAUCAACUACGUCAACAAUGUCGGCAUCAUUGCCCGCAACCCAAAGAUGACUGCCAUCAACUCGGCCAUCGAAGUGGAUCUGACCGGACAGGUGUGUGCCGAUUCGAUCGGAACUCGCAUGUAUUCCGGUUUCGGUGGUCAGGUCGACUUCAUCCGUGGUGCCGCCGAAGGUUUCGACGGCAAGGGAAAGCCUAUCAUUGCGCUGCCUUCGAUCACCAACAAGGGACAAAGCAAGAUCGUGCCGACGCUCAAGCCAGGUGCCGGAGUCGUUACGUCGCGAGCUCACGUCCACUAUGUCGUCACCGAGAAUGGUAUCGCAAAUCUGUUCGGCAAAUCGUUACGCCAGCGUGCGUACGAGCUGAUUCAAAUCGCCCACCCGGAUCACCGCGAAGCGCUCGAAAAGGCAGCAUUUGAACGGCUCAAGACCAUGCCGUCGCCCAACUAAAAAGAAGCACAAAGGCGUCCCGUAGGUCGUUCGAAACGAUCGUUUUUCCCCCUUUUGUUUUUAAGAUAAUUUGUGUCGAAAUAUUCCGAUUUGCUUUCGUCUUUAAAACAGGAAAGAAUUGCACAUUUCUUUGAGAGCACAUUACUGUCCGCGGAGCGUGUUAUCCUUUACCGAACAAUCGUUCGUUUUAAUCCAUCUAGGAACCAAACAUGCAUGUUUUUGUUUUACAAAAAUAACUAUCAAUAAAUUGCAUUCUUAGCAAAACAGCGGUAGAUAAGUAGAGCCAGUUCAAAAUUAGGCACAUGCCUAAUACGUUUCACGUAGACAGCAACAAAAAAUAAAACACGAUCAAACCAUCUAUCUCCGAAACGUGCAUUGCAUAACUUUAAGUACUACAUUGUAAUCACACAUCGUACAGAGAGAAAUUCAAUGAUCCUAAGAGGAUCGUUGGAAGUACUACCCUGUCACCUCAUUAGAAGCCAUGUGAGAAAUUAAACUAAGUAAUCAAAGCUACUAUGAGUAAACCGUGAUUAAUGCUAAAUACAAAAA